AUGGCUGUGGAAGAACUUCAAUCCAUAAUAAAGAGAUGUCAAAUCCUAUAAGAGCAAGACUUUAAAGAAGAAGAUUUUGGCUUAUUUCAGUUAGCUGGUCAAAGAUGCAUAGAUGAAGGGCACAUAGACCAGCUAUUAGAAAUUACUCAAAAUGAAAAGAAUAAAGUCAUCAUUAAGAAUAUGGGCUGGAAUCUUGUUGGUCCUGUUGUUCGAUGCCUUUUAUGGAAUGGUAAGGAAGAUGAAAAAAGGAAAUAUUUUCUGAUGCUUGAUUUAUUGGUCAUGAUUCAGAAACUUCAUAACAACACGGCAUAUUCAGUUGGAUUAGCCUUGUCCACCCUUUGGAGUCAGCUAUCCCUCCUCGUUCCAUACUCAAAAGAACAAAUGCAGAGAGAAGACUAUGGCCUUUGUCAGUGUUGCAAGGCCUUAAUAGAGCUCACUAAGCCUUUUGUGGAAGAAGUCAUCGACGACAAAGAAAACUCACUGGAAAAUGAAAAGUCAAAGGACGAGUUACUGAAAUUUUGUUUCAAAAGCUUGAAAUGGCCUCUGCUGACAGCACAAUUCCUUGAACAGUCUGGAGAAAGUGGAAAUGAUCCUUUAAGGUGUUUUGCAUCUGAAAUAAUAGGAUUUUUGUCAGCAAUUGGACACCCUUUCCCCAAAAUGAUUUUUAAUCAUGAAAGGAAAAAGAGGAUUUGGGAUUAUCUUGAAUUUGAGGAAGAAGAAGACAAACAGUUAGCAGGGUCUAUGGCUUCUCUGGCAUAUCUAGUAUUUGUACAGGGCAUCAGUACUGAUCAGCUCCCAAUGGUCUUAAGCCCAUCGUACCUUUUGCAAUUUAAUAUGGGGCAUAUUGAAGUCUUUUUGCAAAGAACAGAAGAGUCUGUUUUCUCCAAAGAACUGGAUCUGUUGGAGAAUGGUUUAUUAAGAAUAGAAGAUAACAGUCUACUUCACCAGUGUUUAGAAAUCAAGAGUUUUCUUACUGUACCUCAAGGCUUAGUCAAAGUAAUGACACUCUGCCCCACUGAGGCACUGAGGAAGAAGAGUUUAGCUAUGCUUCAGCUGUAUAUUAACAAGUUGGAUUCACAAGGCAAAUAUACAUUAUUUAGGUGCUUAUUGAAUACAAGCAAUCACUCAGGUGUGGAGGCCUUUAUUAUUCAAAAUAUCAAAAAUCAAAUUGAUGUGUCUUUAAAGGGAACAUAUAACAAAUGGUUUACAGGACCAUCACUAAUUUCCCUUCUAGAUUUGGUACUCUUUCUCCCAGAGGGACUGCAAAACUCAGACAGGAUAAUGGCUUCAUUAAGUUUAUUGAGAUAUUUGGUUAUCAAAGAUAAUGAAAAUGAUAAUCAAACUGGAUUAUGGACAGAACUUGGAAAGAUUGAGAAUAAUUUCUUAAAGCCACUCCAUACAGGACUUAAUAUGUCAAAAGCACAUUAUGAAGCAGAAAUUAAAAAUAGCCAAGAAAAUAGCCAAGAAGUCCAAAAGUCUAAGGAUCUUUGUUCUGUAACUGUAGGUGGAGAAGAGAUCCCUAUCAUGCCUCCUGAAAUGCAGCUUAAGGUCCUACAUUCAGCUCUUUUCACAUCUGAUUUGAUUGAAAGUGUUCUGGCUCGAGUAGAAGAACUCAUUGAAAUAAAAACAAAGUCUACCUCCGAAGAAAAUACUGGGAUGAAAUGAAAGUUCCAUUUCCUAAAUAAAAAUUAGUAAAAUAAAAAAACAAAAACAAAAACAGAAAGUACUCUAACAUGAAUGAUUUCCACAUGUCUACAUUUCCUCUACUCUCUAUUCCAAUGUUUAUAUAUUUGAUGUGGUUAUAAUCAAAAGGAAAAACCAAUUUUGUUUUCUGCUUAUCAA